AUGGGAAAAGCCUACUCUCGACUGCGCCGCUCCGAGGAAGCGUCCAGCUUGGGUGACUCCCUGUGCGUCAACCCAAGGCAAGCUUCCAUGUGCCUCACUGUUAUCGCUCAUGAGGUGCUAGCUGACAUGACCACUGCUUUGAAUAGCGUCGUCUCAUCCCUAGAUAUGCUAUCUGAUCUUGCAAACCCGGUUGGAAUGCCAAACACACAAGAUCGAGAGACUCUGGACUUCGACUACAUCAUGACGCGGUAUCUCGAGACGCCCGAAGAAUACGAGAGGGUUGCUCUGGGCAUCGAGCGCGGAAGCUUGUGGACUAGCUUGGUUGGUGAAGAGGCGGAGGGGUGGUUGUGGGUGAUUGGAACUUGA